GCACGUUACGCCGACGUGAUACUCCUGGCGGCGAGGUACUUAGACCCGGCGGUGACGAUCAGCGAAAACGCCCGCGAGAGCUUGUACCAGAUGCUGCCGGAGAAUCUGAAGACUCUGGUGCGGUUGAAGUUGAGGAAGUCCGAGAGGGCGGCGGCACCGGAACGCGACGGCGAGCGUCUUGCGGAGGGGUGGCGGGAGGCGAUGAGGGGGAUACUGGAGUGGCUGGCGCCGAUGGCCCACGACACGCUGAAGUGGAAGGCGGAGAGUAACAUCGAGGCGAUGAAGUUUGAGGCCAAGAAGUCGGUGUUGUUGAUGCAGACGCUGCAUUUCUCCGACAGGGAGAAGGUGGAGGCCGCCAUAGCGGAGCUCCUGGUGGGGCUCAGCUACAUUUAUUGGUACGAGGAUCGCCGGAACUGUGGCGACGGCGAUGUGGAUGUCCACGAUUCUUGGUCCACGUGUCGUCGGUGGUCGUGUGAUAGAAUAGAACUUCGUUGAGUUAAAUGUUUAUGUUUUUGGUCUUUCUUCUAUUUAUUUUUUUCUCAGAAUUAGGUGAAUCAUUCUUUGAAGAUUGAAUCUAAAGUUAGGUAAGAUAUAAGAAAAGAAAUUAAUAAUAUGUCACUUGGUUGGUUUUGUUCA